AUGGACGAGGAUGAGGAGGACGACGAGGAAGAUGUGGACGAGGAAGACGAGGACGACGAGGAAGGCGUGGACGAGGACGACGAGGAAGGCUUGGACGAGGAUGACGAGGACGUCGAGGAAGGCUUGGACAAGGAUGACGAGGACGACGAGGAAGGCUUGGACGAGGAUGACCAGGACGACGAGGAAGGCGUGGACGAGGACGACGAGGACGACGAGGAGGCUGGUGACGAGGAAGACGAGGAAGAUGAGGAGUGGGGUGACGAGGAAGACAAGGCGGAGUUCUAUCUCGGUGAGUCGGCUUUGAUGGCGGAGCAGACCGCUAUCCUGGAGUCCAUCCAAGAUGAGGCGUAUGUGGAGUCCAACCGGCGCUUCCUCCGGGAAGAACAGGCGAAGACCGAUGUGCUCUUCGACGAACUGGAUGCGGAGCAGGAGGCGGAGGCCAACGACGUUGAUGUCAGAAUGGAGAUAGUGGACAUCUCCGACGACGGGGAGUAG